AUGGAUUCCUUCGCCAUUAGUGAGGGCCUUGCCGCCCAGGAGCGGCAAGAGAGCCAAUCUGCGCCCGUUGAUAACAAGCUGUCCGAAGAGACAAACAAGUUCCAGCGUGCAAUUGCAGCCUGGCGAGGAAUCGACCUUGCCAGCACCAUCGCUAAACUCGAUACAACCGCUUCCGAUAUUGUUGAGCAGCAGCGGGACUCUCUGGUGCAGAGAAAGGACCUUGCCCAGAAAACCAAGGAAUUCAAGAAGUUGGAGGAGCAGGCCAAACUGUCGGAGUUCAAAGGAUUGUUGAAAGCUUAUCAAUCCUUUAUCGAUGUCUUGACCAACCAGGGCAAAACGUCCUCGUCCUCGUUCCUGCAACUAUAUUCUUCUCUGUCCGAGGCACCCGAUCCCUACCCUCUCCUGGAGGCUUCCGUCGAUUCUCUUGCUCUAUCCGAAGAUACAGUUCCAAAGCUCACCUCGGAGCGCGACCAAUUGCGACAAUCUGUUGACCGGCUCACAAAGCAACAGGAGGAAAGCGAGAAGCGCCUUCAAGAGGAGCGUGCUGCGAGGAAGAAACUCGAAGAAAACCAAGAGUCCAGAUCCAAGGAGAUCGAAGCGUCUUGGGAGGCAGUCCUUACGGAGAAGACGAACAACUGGGAGGCCAAAGAGAAGAGCUUGGAGGAGAAGGUCGAAAACCAGGAUCGUUUGAUAAAGGAGCUCAAAGCAAGCUACGAGGUCUCUCAGCGGCUGGACGGGGAUGAUAAUAAUGAGGAAGCUCGCAAUGGUGCUACUGCCGCCGAGCUGGAACUCGUUUCUGCUGAUCUGGAGAAGACCAGCUUGAGGUUGGCUGACGUGGAAACACGCAACGAGCAGCUGCGGCUGGAAUUGGCCCAGGCGGUUUCACAUUCGCACCCUGAUCAGCCGAUCUCUGUUGAAGAUGAUGCCGAAUAUCAACGCCUUCAGGCCGAAAACUCCUCCUUGCUACGGAAACUUGAUGCCGCACGAUUUGACAAGGACUCAAACCGACAUUCCUGGGAAGGGAAGCUCCUCCAAGCGGAACGAACUGCCACUAAAAUCACAGUCGAGAGGGAUGAGCUGCGCUCGCGUCUCGAUAAGUGUGCUGACUACGAGGACAUUCGUCGGGAGUUGGAGAUGAUCAAGUCAAUUGAGUUGACGGCAGGUGACGAUGAGGAUGAUGCAGAGACCGCGCAAAGUGGUGCAGUUGGUGCUAAUGGAGAUGCCACAAAAACUCAAGAGAAGAACUCGCUUGAGCAACUUCUGCUUGCCCGCAACAAAAAGUUGAACGAUGAGCUAGCAGUCCUACGGGUGUCGACACGCGAGAUUCAAGAGCAGCUUGAGACGAUGCGUGGCGAGCUUGCGACGACUAAAAGCGAACUUGAUAAGUCUCGAGGGCUGUCGACAACCCUGGAAAACGAUCUCCUUCAGGUGCAGCAAGAGGCAGCCAACGCAUUCCCAUCGUCGGCUAUGUCCACCGCGGGUACUUUCACCUCGAGAUACCCACACUCAGCCCGUCGGGGUGCAUCAUCUCCCACCUCGUCAAUCAUAUCUGGCUUCGAUCAGAGUGCUGCAUCCGCCAACACGAUGGAUGCUAUCCGUGCCGGAGAGGCCGUGGGAGGUGGUUCCGGUCUUCUUCCGAUGAUCCAAGCGCAGCGUGAUCGUUUCAAGAAAAAGAAUGCAGAGCUGGAAGAAGAGCUAUCGAAGACGUAUGCCACAGUCAAGUCCCUUCGUUCAGAGGUUGCAUCUCUUCAAAAGGACAACCUGGGCCUUUACGAGAAGACUCGGUAUGUUUCCACAUACAGUCGUGGCCAGGGAGCAUCCACAUCUGCAUCAUCAUAUGCGAAUGCACCUAGCUCGACAUCUGUCUACAACUCAUCAGAUACCCCCUCCGGACUUUCCCUUGAUCGGUAUCAGAAUGCCUACGAGGCACGGAUCUCACCGUUCGCUGCCUUCAAGGGCCGUGAAUCGGCCCGUGCGUACAAGCGCAUGAGUCUCCCCGAGCGAAUUGUCUUCUCGCUUACGCGCAUCAUCAUGGCCAAUCGAACCAGUCGAAACCUGUUCGCAGGCUACUGCUUUGCUCUGCACAUCCUUCUCUUCGUCGUACUUUACAUGAUGAGCACGAUGGAAAUUGAGAAGCAUAGUGCUAUGAGUGCUGUAGGUAGCGCUGCUGCUGCUGCAUAUGGCAGUAGUGGCAGUGGGUCUGGUACGGACAGUGGCAGCCAGCUGCAUGGUGAUGAUUGGCAGCAGGAGGGUUUCAACCAUGCAGGGUGA